AUGGAGUUUGAGAAGGCAAAAGUUGUUGUAGGCGGUGAUUCCGGUGUUGGAAAAACAGCUCUAGUCCAUCUAAUAUGCAAUCAACAAACCCUACUUCAUCCUUCGUACACAAUUGGUUGUAGUGUAGACAUAAAAAUUCAUCUAUGUAAAAAUGAUCCUACAAAAGAACAUCCAUAUUUUAUUGAAUUAUGGGAUAUUGGCGGUUCCAACAGUCAUGCUAAUACUCGAUCAAUAUUCUAUCAAAAUUUACACGGGCUCAUAUUAGUCUAUGAUUGUACUAAUAGUAAAUCACAAUUAAAUUUAAGAAAGUGGUUGUGUGAUGUACUAGGUAGACAAGCUAUGAAAAAACCGGAACCAGAUGUCGGAGUGAUUGGAGCGACAACCGCAGCUGGUAGUGUCAGUGGUGCUGCUGGUUUAGGCAAUGGUGGAGUAAAAAUCAAUAUGACCAAUCAAAUGACCAGUUUAUUACCCAUGCGGAACACAGAGAAUGUGACUGAUGAAAUCUACCCACCAGUUUUAGUGAUUGGUACAAAAUUAGAUUUACUUGGUCCACGGAGUCUACGAUCAUUGCGUAGAGUUAAUUCACGCUUUAAUCCAAUAUCCUCAUACAUUUCAAAUCAUUAUGAUAAUGAAUUAUCAGCUGAUAAUUAUCCUGGUGUUAUGAUGACACCUAGAUCAUGCAUAUCAUCUGUACAGUUUUUUGAAGAUACUCCAUCUUCAUCAUCUGCAUCAUGGAAUUCGUUGUAUCAUCAAAAUGUUUAUCGUAAUAACAAUAGUCAGUCAUCAAUAUCAUCACUACCGUUAUCGCAACCACUACUACCACCACCAACACAACGACAUCAAAGUGUUUACGUGGAUUUAAGCGAUAGUCAACUGUCUUCACUUUCAUCAGGAGAUAAUAAAGUAUGGAAUUUUGCUGCGGAACAGGGUUUUUCAGAAAUUCUACUGAGCUGUAAUUCAGUCGCCAGUAUAAGUCCUGGAAGUCCACAAAAUGUUCUGCUUGAUCGGUUUUUUGAUGAAGUGAUCAAUUAUAAAAUGUUCUCCAUGUCAAUGAAUUGUAAUUUAUCACCUGAUGUCUGUCGAGUUAAACGACGUCAAGUUGAUUCACGUGACACUUCAAUUGUACAUAAUCUACUUAUUAUAAUCUGCAAUAUAUUUAAUCAAUCAAUGAAUCAGUCCUUCGUGUAA